AUGUCGGCUUUAAACAUUUCGUCCCAGUUAUCCAAGGUAGUUUAUCCUUUGAAACCCUUCUAUAGUCCUUGUCCUGCCACAUUCGUUUACAAAUUGGUGGUCAUUCCUGAAUCUGAGCAGACUGUUAUUAAAGACUAUGAUAAUCGGGGCGACGACAAGAUUGUAAAUGAUGACGAUCAAGAUGUUGAUGAGGGACAUGACAAAGAUGAUGUUAAAACUAGUGUCUGGUCAACAGUAGGUUGGAGUUUAGGAUGUUUCUUUACAUUAUUCAUUCUGGUGAUAGUCUGCCUCAGAAUAUAUAAAAUGGUCAGGAGAAAUCUAGUAAGACAACCUAAUCAUAACACAACAGAAGAAAAUAUAUACGAUCUAUCUGAAAAUAUCUACAGAGGUGAUAAUUCUGUAUACAGAGAUUCAACAUUUGAUUUAGGUUCUGAAUCUCAGUAUGCUAAUGUUCGAAUCUAA